AUGACCAUUGAAAACAGAGAUGACGCGUUUGCAGGGCUUAUGAAAGACCUCAAUAUUGAGGUCCAAGAUUACAAUCAUAACGAGCUCUCCAAAUUGGACUACCAACGUCUCGCUGGGUUGAAAGACGAGGUGGAGGUGCUGCUCACUUCCCUAUUCGACACGCUAAAGCACCGGUACAACUGCGAUAUGGAACUGCCGCUUGUGAUUGACGGAUUUCCUCGUGGCGACAUUGACGUGCUAGCUGUCAGACUUAUCAGAACCAAGAUCAUUCGUCUACGAAACGAUCACAAGUGCAUUCUUGGACUUCUUGAGGAGCAGUUGAUCAAGCAGCUUCAAGCUGGAAGCGGGGGUGCCCCUGAAGCUCAAUCUGCUAGAGUUGCCCCACAAAGAAUCAUUCCGUUUGCCUUGGUUAAGAGCGUCGCAGAUAGCAGCCCAGCACAGAAGUCUGGGUUGCAAGAAAACGACAAGAUAGUCGUGUUUGGCGAGGACGUCCACGCGGGAAACCACAAUAGAUUGAGUGCCGUGGGUAACAAGGUCAAAGGCAACGUGGGCAAGGAGAUUGUCGUUGAGGUACUUCGAGGACAGAACAGGGAGACGCUCAUUUUGACGCCUACGCCAGACUGGCCCGGCCAGGGCCUUCUCGGGUGCCACAUUGUGCCUUACUAG